AUGCCGCCACUUCUGCACCUCUCCCUGGGUGAACCCAGGCGACUUUCUCUCACCCGCAAACUUGUUUUGCUAGUUAUGUUCUGUUUUGCUCAGUUUUUGGAUACCUUGAAUACUGCAGCUCUCUUUUCUGCCAUCCCUACAAUCGAGGCAUCCAUGGGUAUGUCCGAAACUCAAUCUACUUGGGUAAUUAGUGCAUUCCGAUUAACUUUUUCAUCGUUCCUGCUUAUUAGUGGACGUCUUAGCGACGUAUACAACCCAAAAACUGUGUUCAUUGGAGGAGUGUCCAGUCUCGGAGUCCUCUCGCUGUGCGCCGGAUUUGUUGUCGACACAAUUCCGCUUCUUGUUGUCAGAGCAAUCACUGGAAUAGCUUCUUCAAUGACCAUUCCCUCUGCCCUAAAACUCCUGGUCAGGGUAUUUCCCGAUCCGCUUGAACAAGCCCGGGCAGUUGGGUUCUUCGGAGGCUGUGGUGCGGUUGCCAACGUGGGCGGCCUCGUAGUCGGUGCAGUGUUUGUCCAAUGGGCAUCUUACCACUGGGUCUUCUGGUAUGUAGCCUGCGCGGCUUUUCCGGUGGCUCUGGUUUGUGUUUUCAUGAUACCGUCACAAAUUGGAGAGACUUCGGGCACUCUUGAGCCCAUAGGGGCGAAAUGGAAAACUCUUGAUUUAGUCGGCGUAGGCAUUUUAACUGUUGCUUUCAUCUUAUUCAUCUUCUCUGUGACAUCCGGUUCCACUGAUGGUUGGAAAUCUCCGAUGGUGUUGGUCCUCCUGAUCAUUUCAGUUUUAAUGGUCGUUGGGUUUUUCUACUGGGAAACACUCUUGCCUGUGGGCCGAGCUGCGAUACCACCUCAGACGUGGUUCUACAACAACUUCUCCGUUUUGUUCGCCGUCGCACUUAUGCCAUACUUGUGGUGGAACGCGGUGAUGUUGAUUUUUAGCAUGAUGUGGCAAAACGUGUUUUACUGGUCGGCAAUAUCGUCGGCCGUCCAUAUGUUGCCGCUCGGUAUCAUAGCCUUGGCUGCGAGUUUCACUGGAUCACUUUCUCGCAUCUUUAGUCCGAAGUGGAUCAUUCUUACCAGUCUAUCAUUUUGCAUGGUCGGUACUGUUUUGCUGGCGCUCGGUGGGGGGAGGCCCGAAAAUUAUUGGCCGUAUGUGUUCCCAGCAUUUGUACUUGGCAGCGCGGGAGUCAUGAUGACUUUUACACAUACGAACAUUGCUAUUUUCCAAGCUGCGCCUUCGUCCAUGUCCGGCACAGUUGGUGCCAUGUUCAACGGCGCGCUUCAACUUGGAUCCGCAAUUGGCCUCGCUGCCUCAAGCGUAAUAGAGACAUCCGUGGAGGCCACCCAUGGUGGUUCGCAUGACUACGCCGGACGAGCUGCGUCGUUUUGGUUCCUCCUUGGGAUUGUUGCUCUUCAAUUCAUCUUGAUAUCGAUCUUUUAUGACCGCAGUACGGACCACAAACCUCAACCAAAGUAUGACGGCCCCGCUCAUUCCACACAACCUAGCCCGGACUGUGACGAAAAGAGCGACACGAACGUAACCAUCAUGCCUGAAGUAAACUAA